CCACAACACACCACACCAAUAGCACCUCUCUCACCUAACAACAACACGCAAGUGCUGGGUACCCCAGGCGUGCAACGAACCCCUACUUAUCGGUGCUUGCGUGCACACUUCCUCCAAGCCAACGUGCACGCACAACCUAGCGCCGGACACAAUGUGCAUGCACCCCUCCAAGUGCCUCGCCCGUUUGAGCCUCGACACACACCCGCACAUUUAGCACCUCACCUACGUCAAGCUCUCCUCUCGCACGAGGCUACCCAUGCCC